AAAAAAAAAAAAGAACACUGAAAUGGCGGUCAAGUCAGGGGUGGAUCAUGAAGAAGAAGAAACCGAAACAAGGGAUGAAACAGAGAAAUGGAUUCAACAUUACUCAUCGUUGCAUCAAAUCCUUUUAGUGGGUGAUGGAGAUUUUUCAUUUUCAUUAUGUUUGGCUAAAGCAUUUGGUUCUGCUUCUAAUAUGGUGGCUACAUCACUUGAUCAAUAUGAUGUGCUGAUUAAGAAUUACCAGGACGCAAAAUCAAAUUUGGAGAGUUUAAGAAAACUUGGAGCAACAAUUAUGCAUGGUGUGGAUGCCACCAGAAUGAAACUUUAUCCUGACUUACAAAGGCGGAAGUUCGAUCGAGUUAUCUAUAACUUUCCACAUGCAGGAUUCCAUGGAAAGGAAGAUCAAGUUCACAUGAUCAAGAUGCACAAAGAUUUAAUUGGGGGUUUUUUCAGGAAUGCAAGCCAUAUGCUUAGACCCUUUGGUGAAGUUCACAUUAACAACAAGAAAGCACCACUAUAUGAAAGCUGGAACCUCGAAGAUCUUGCUAGGAAAUACAAUUUGGCAUUAGUUGAGCGUGUUGAAUUCAAAAAAGAAGACUAUCCAGGUUACAAAAACAAGAGAGGAGCUGGGCCAAGAUGUAAUGAGCCAUUUCCUUUAGGAAAAUGCUGUACUUUCAAAUUUGUUUUCAAGAAGUCUGCUCUCGAGUAUAUUCACACUGCACCCUACCAAAUUCAAAGAACACAACCACAAGUUCAAAACCCACCUCCAUUUGAACCUAGUCAUCUUUCUAUACUUCCCCAAAAUCACAUGGUCCGACCACAUACUGAUAAUCCUACUCCACUUAAAGUUUAUAAUCCCACUUGGCUCCAAGUUCAGCAAAUGCCAUCUCAACCUCAAGACCGAGUUCUAUUUGAUGUUGGUUAUCCUCUUGCAAAAGUGAAUAGACCAAGUAACUUUAGGUAUUUGGAUUCACCAUAUGCUCCGAAGGUUUCUGAUAAAUGUUAUUGGAUCUUUCAUGAGUAUUUUGCAGACACCGAGAAAAUGUACGGGCAAACAGGUUACCAUGUCGGCCGGGUUGUUCACGAAACUCUGAGAACUGGAUUCGACAGAUGCAUGAUAGAAGCCAAAGGAAGAGAUCUUAGUGGUUAUAUAAUGCAUCUCGAAGAACUACACCAUUACAGUGUUUCGAGAUCAGAGUGGUUGCGUAGAAUGUUGUAUCAUCUUGACAAGCAAAAGAUGGGUUGAAGUUUGGGUUGGAAAGCUUUGUGCACACUGGUGAAAUACUUAACCUUAAACUAUCAGGAGUGGUUUUUUCUUGGAAGUCCCCUAAUUUUGUGCAGGUUCUGAUGUUUUUACUGCUAAACAUUUUAUGCUUCUUUGGUUGAGGCUGAGUUCUGGGAAGUUCUUCCCGUAUUUUGUGCAGUAUCUGUUGCAUUUCCCAUCCAUCCGGAUUGCACGCUAUACUGUUUUUGUCUGAGACUGUGAAGUCCAUUGUACAGUGAAACUUAAGUUUAUAUUGCUAAUCUUAUUGUAGUCAGUUGACUUGAGCUCUUACAAUUAGUU